AUGACUGCCGUUCAAGAAUCAUCAUCUUACAAGGGAUACUUCAAGCCCAAGUUCUGGCAAAGAUCCAAGGUUGACAUUGAACCUACAACUACAAGCCAAGAUACAAUUGAAUCCCCCAUUACACCAAAAGACAUCAAACCUUUACAGAAACAAUCGCAACCGCAAGAAGAAGAAGUAGAGGAGCAGCAGGAGCAACUGAAACCAAAACAGCAAAGAUUAUUCCGUUCUCCAUUUUCCAGAAAAGCUGUGGAUCCCACUCUGUCUGUCCAGCAUACCGCACCAACCGAGGUUUAUGAACUGUCGAUGGUCAGCGACACUGGUGUCUAUAUCCCCCCAAUUGAGGAAAAGAUUCGAGACCACUGGGUCGACAUUAGCCAGCCAGCCGAAUUCGAUCUCCCCAGCCCCGAAUGCCUUACAACGGCCUUGGGUGGGCCUCACGAAUUCUUUACACCCUCAGCAGUAGCUAUGAGAUCAUCCUCUAUUAGUAGCCUGUCGCUCAAUGAAGAUAACAGUGAUGAUGAUGGUGGUGUACCUUCUCUUAUCAGCAAUUCUUCCCGCCGGUCCAGUUCAGAGAGUUUUCACUGA